UCUGCACGUCCCGGCGACUCUCUCAGAUAUCUUAAGACUUCUUCGUGUCAUAGUCGCCUUCUCCAACUAGCCAUUAUCAUACUUUACAGCAUUCUUGUUUACUUCUCCUCAUCAUGCCCGUCCCAUCAUCCGCUGAUGCUGAUGCCCCUCGCACCAACACCGUAAAGUCGAAUACGACCAAGACACCUCGCAAUUCCAAGGAGAAGCCUCCCUCAUCUCAAUUUCCGGCGCUGCCCUCUUCAACUAUACAAGCUCAGCAAGACCCCUCUACGCCAUCACCCUCCCAACUAAUCGCUCAGCAGUCUCAACAUUCUCAGCCACAACCACAAACGAAGAAGGUCGCUCGUCGUUCAAGCAAGCCCAUUAUCGAUUGGUUCCAACGGAAGUUGGCUGGUACUGUGCGGCCUCGUCGAGCAUCUGAUAGCGUUCGUGGACGGAACUCGAAUGGUUCCAAUAUAUCGAAUCGGGAGAAGAGGAGACCUACGCUACCGGACGGCUUUAGGGAUCUUAGCAGGGUUCAAUCGACCCCCUUACACCCAGGAGAGAGCGGUGACAAGGAUAUUAGACGGAACGGCCAUAGUCAGGCCCUUGCGAAGCCUGCGCCGAUUUCUUUGAAUGGAGAUGAGCCGGAGAGUCUUGCAGAUGCGGAGACGCAUGGCGACAUUUCAACCUAUCGUUCAUCGCUCGCUCGAGACUCUAUGUGGUCCCCAGCCAGCAAUCUCGAAGCAGACGAGGACGCUUCUGUCAGGCCCCUGCCCCCCAGCUCCCCUCCUUCACCCUCACCGUCUCGAUCGUCAUCGUCCUACCUUUCAGAUCCUCGCACGUUCAAAAGCAUAGCCGCGAGCACAAAGCCCACCACUUUGCUCAGCGUAGACCUCACGAAUGGUAUGGCUCACAUUGCUCAAGCACCAUCACCUGCGGGAGCCUCUCCAGCACAGAGAAUACCCGCUCAUAUACGAUCUUCUUCGGCAGGAGGCUCCAAUGGUGGCGGAUCCAUCACCUUCUCAGCUUUACCUCCCUCUCCGUCUUCUUCUGUUCAAAACUCCCUCAACAUUAUGGCCCAGACUGCAGGCUAUCCGAACCAUCCAUUGCAAGCCCCUCAGCACACAACACAUCACCCUCGAAACAAUCCUCAUCCUUCUUCUCCUCCCCCUGACAACGCUUCAAUGCUCACGCUGGCAUCUUCUGCAUUCGCAUUUCCUGGUGCCCGAAUAGGAGUUGUCGGUGGUACUACGGAUACCGUGUCUGUGUCUCAUCUCUCCCACUUUGGAGGGAGCCGAUUCGUCACAGAGGACCGUUCAAGCCAUUUUGUGCUCGGUGACGACCUUGAUGCCGAAGGUGAGGCAGAUGCGAGUGUCCGCGCUUUAAGGCCGAGAAGCUCAAGAAGGGGAAGCUGGGAGAGCGAGGCGAGUGGGUGGAGCGCCAGAAUGGGCAAUGGGAGCGUCGUUGGAAUGGGCCCGAGUACGCCGUCUAUGCUGAGAGACAGGAGUCUGUGGUCUGCGAGUCUCAGAACCGGUGGAAAUUUUCCCGGUUAUGAAGAGGGCGACCAAUCCGAGCAGGAUUCGGAUGAGGAGGAGGGCGACGAUCACGAUCAUGCUACACGCAAGCAUGAGGCGGAUGACGACAGUGGCGGAGGUAAUGUUGUCCAUGCCGACUCGCAAAGAGAGACGGACGCCUCGACCGCUGGCUCUGGAUCGACUCCGCAUGAGCGUUUCGGCGAGAGAGCAUCGCCUUCCUCAUCUCAAGCGCAAAGUUCGUCGAACCCCGUCAGUUCAUCUGCGGAAGCUGUCUCUCGUCCUGUCAUACGGGUGUCGAUGGACUCGCCGCGCAUCCAGAUCGGUGACACGACAACAUCGGCCUAGCAUUCAUCUUAGAUCUCACAAGGAAGUUGAUUGCGAGGCGCGACAGCACUUCUUUUAUGACAUAAGACUGUCUUUGACGUAUCAUUUCAUCGUCUCAUGUUUGUAAUUUAUGCUAUCGUUUCUUGCGGACGAGGAAUCUGCUUUCCUUCAUUCAAUCAUUCAAUGCACGCCGGUAUAACUCUC